CGCGCAUGAGUUUUGAAUGAAAUUUUUUGACAAUCAAUCUGACAACUACAAAACCUACUAUAGCUUUAUUACGCUACUAUUUUUUAGUGAUUGUGUAAAUAAAUCCGUUUACAAACUAUCGAAGUCGAGAUUUUAAAUAAUUAUCGUCGCGUAUUGUUGUUAUUGAUAUUUGAUACAGUGUUUGUUAAGUGAUUGGUGUAUCUUGUGGAGAAAAAUGGGCAAUAUUCACACUGUUGGGCCAAAUGAGGCGCUUAUUGUCUCAGGUAGCUGUUUCGGUUCAACUCAGAAGCGUACCAUCGUGGGUGGCUAUGCCUGGGCCUGGUGGCUAGUUACAGAUGUACAACGAAUUUCCCUAGAGGUUAUGACCCUGAAUCCCAUGUGCGAGUACGUGGAAACGGCUCAAGGUGUACCACUGACUGUCACCGGGGUGGCGCAGUGCAAGAUAAUGAACGAAGACGAGUUGCUCACCACUGCCUGCGAGCAGUUCCUCGGCAAGACGGUUAAGGAGAUCAAAAUGACGGUGCUGCACACCUUGGAAGGACAUUUGAGAGCUAUAUUAGGAACUCUUACAGUAGAAGAGGUGUACCGAGACCGGGACCAGUUCGCGGGUCUGGUACGCGAGGUGGCGGCGCCCGACGUCGGUCGGAUGGGCAUCGAGAUCCUGUCCUUCACGAUCAAGGACGUGUACGAUGACGUGCAAUAUUUGGCCAGUCUUGGCAAGGCGCAGACGGCGGUGGUGAAGCGCGACGCCAAUAUCGGAGUCGCACAGGCCAAUAGAGACGCGGGUAUCAGGGAAGCGGAAUGCGAGAAGAGUGCAAUGGAUGUGAAGUACGCGACGGACACCAAGAUAGAGGACAACAACAGGAUGUUCAAGCUGCAGAAAGCGCAGUUCGAUCAGGAGAUAAACACCGCUAAAGCAGAAUCAGCUUUGGCGUACGAACUUCAAGCUGCUAAAAUCAAGCAGAAAAUCCGUAACGAAGAAAUUCAGAUCGAAGUUGUCGAACGACGAAAGCAAAUUGAGGUGGAGCAACAAGAGAUUCUGCGUCGUGAAGAGGAGCUGGUGUCGACGGUGCGGCUGCCCGCUGAGGCGGAGGCUUACCGCCUGCAGGCCAUCGCUGAAGGAAAACGAACUCAAACAGUGGAAGCUGCGAAGGCAGACGCGGAACGUAUAAAAGUGCUGGGUCUUGCGGAGGCGACUGCUAUAGGCGACGUUGGCAAGGCUGACGCGGAGCGAAUGCUGGCCAAGGCUAAAGUCUACAAGCAGUAUGGAGAUGCUGCCAUCAUGGCGCUCGUGCUUGAAGCUCUGCCCAAGAUCGCAGCUGAAGUGUCUGCACCGCUGGCUAAGACAGACGAGAUAGUGUUGGUGGGUGACAGCGGGGCGACGGGUGAGGUGGCGCGUCUCGCCGGCGGCAUUCCGCCCGCGCUCAAAACUCUCACAGGACUCGACAUCUCUCAAGUACUCAAGCGUCUGCAUCCUAAUGCCUCGCCAGAUGAAAAUCUCUUGGCUUCUGCGAGUAAGAAGAAAGAAGUCGUGGCUUGUUGAAUUUACUCAUCUGUAUGUCAAUAUGUUUGUCAACUUUUUACUAUAUUUUAUUGGUGCCAUAUUGUCAAAUAAUUAUACUUUUCUAAAAUAUAUUCAUUAUAAUGUAA